UCAGAUCAACAAAAGAUAGGCUCGUGAUCCGUUCCCAUUACGUUGGUUUCAAAAUGGAACACAGCAGUAAAAUAAAGUUUCGUAAUAAGUGUAUUUAAAUACACAUAAGUAAUGUCUAUAGUCUGUAAUAUUCUAUUUGUAGUGAUACUUAUCAAAUGCAGCAAGUCCUAUGAUGAACCAGAUUUACCCGAAAAAUUAAAGGAAAUAGAAAAUUACGGAGUAUACUUCAACCUUAACUCAACUUUAGAAUGCUACAGGAAUUAUUACCAACUGCCCGUGGUGAAGGUGCUUCUCAACGAACUGACUCACCGGUAUCCAGACAUCGGCCUCGUACAGAACCCAAACAAGAACCACCCCUUCAUUGCUGUGGAAGGCGUUCACAGAAAGACAAGAAAUAUAGUGGGGUAUUUCCUGGCGAAGAAGAUGGGAGCUGACAUCGUGUACAACCCUCCGCAGUUCAUGGUCAGCAUGGGAGCGAACUUCUCUGAUUUAACGCUCCGCAAAGCAUUCUUCGGGCUGGGAGGCUAUGCUGCAGCCUGCACAGCUCGUCAGCUCACUAGAACUGUGCCUGCUAUCAUCACUGGACACUGGAUGUCCCAAAUGGCUUUUGCCAUUGCCAAGGUGUAUGACAGAGUUCCUCCGCCAGAAUCCAAGAUCUACACUUGGCCUGCAGACCUCUACAUGCCUGAUAUCGUCUUCUUCGUCAACUCUUACAAGAAGAAACCCACUGAGAGUAAGGCUCAGGCUGAGUUUCUUCCCAAAUUUCUGCAAGUAUUCCGAAAUUGGAGGCAUCCACCGGUGUUCGAGAUUAAAGAAUAUUUACCUUUACGAGGAUAUCGCCAAUAAGAUGCUGGACAUAAUCAACAAAGAAUUCCAAGGAAAUUACAAAAAAUGAAAACAU